UAUAUAACAAUCAAAAUUAAUAUGUAUAAUGUAUAUAUUACGUGUUACAAAUACAAACUUUGGGGUAAAUCAACUUAUUUGGAAUUUUCUUAGGGCUUUUUUUAUUAACAUUUAAUUCCCCUAUAUAAAUGGCAACCACCACUAGUAGUAGCUAGUAUGAACCAUACUUGUGAAUCAAAAAUUUGCAAUGGUGUUUGAGGAAGAAGUAGUAUCAGAGCCAGCGAGUCCUAGCUCACAGUACCUCAACAGCUCGGUGUUAUCGCUCUAUAUCAUUGCCGUUUUGGAAGUCGAAAUCCCCAUUUUUGACGACUCGCUAACUAUGUCACUGCUCAAGGAUGUCUUCUUACCAAUUAACCCGCGCUUUUCCUCCAUCAUGGUUGGAGAGAAAAAUGGAGGAAAGAAAUGGAGAAGAGUGGAAGUGAAUUUAGAAGACCAUGUUAAUGUCCCCAUUUUCCCACCUGCAACGUCACCUGAAUCUUAUGAUGAGUACCUUGAUGACUAUCUGUCAGAGAUAGUCAUGGAUCAACUUCCACAGAGCAGACCAUUGUGGGAAAUUCAUAUAAUUAAGUACCCCACAAGCAAUGCAGCUGGAAAUAUUAUUUUCAAGCUUCACCAUGCACUUGGAGAUGGCUUUUCUCUGAUGGGUGCUCUCCUUUCUUGUCUACAAAGAGCUGAUGAUCCUACUCUUCCUUUAACAUUCCCCUCCCGCCAAUCGAACACAAAAUUAGAGGGUGACUGCGACAACAUUUUCUGGCAACUGCCUCGGAUAUUCUCCGGACUCAUCAACACGGUCUUUGAUUUUGGAUGGAGCAUUCUGAAGAGUAGUUUGGUGGAAGAUGAUCGGACACCGAUCCGGUCUGGUGGUGAUGGAAUGGAGUUCAAGCCAAUUGCUAUAACAACGAUGACAUUUUCUCUUGAUCGCAUCAAACAAAUUAAGGCCAAUCUUGAAGUGACGAUAAAUGAUGUGCUUGUGGGGAUAAUAUUUUAUGGAACUCGGUUAUACAUGCAAGCAACAAGCCAAGACGAGGUAAGCAAUUCACAUUCAACAGCACUAGUGUUGCUCAACACUAGAGCAAUUGGUGGAUACAAGUCCGUUGACGAGAUGGUCAGAAAUAAUACUGAUAAGACAUGGGGUAACCAAUUCGCAUUCUUGCAUGUGCCCAUUCCCACCCUAUCCAAUUCUGAGCAACCAGACCCUCUCAAUUUUGUCUUGGCUACACAUCAAUUAAUCAAGAGGAAAAGAAACUCUGCAGUUGUUCAUCUCAUCGGUAGACUCCUAGAGACACUCCAAAAAUUUAAAGGCCCUGAGGCAACGGCCGGAUAUAUUCAUAGCACGCUAAGGAACUCCAGCAUGGCAAUCUCAAAUUUGAUUGGCCCUGUGGAACGGAUGGCUUUGGGUAAUCAUCCCAUUAAAGGCUUUUACUUCAAUGUGGCUGGUGCUCCACAGAGUCUUUCGGUAACAAUGGUGAGUUAUGCGGGAACAUUGAGAGUUUCUGUGGGGAUGGAGAAAGGCUUCAUGGAUCCACAUAAGUUCAAGUCGUGCAUCGAGAACGCCUUUGAGAUGAUGUUCAAAGCCGCAGUUUGAUGUGCUUCACCAACAAAUUAAUUACUCUAGUAAAAUCAAAUAUUGUUGUAUUUGUGGUUCAAGGCAAAAACAUUGCUUUAUGUUAUGUGCGGUAGGAGGGAAGGAAUUAAAGGGUGUGGAGAGAAAAUAGAAAGAAAUGAACGAACUUCCUUUGUUUGGUAGAGUUGAUAUUAGAAAAAAAUUAAAAGAGGAAGAAAGGAUGGAAGACAAGUGGAGUAUUAUAGAAGUUUUAAAUUGAAUAUUAUCCUAAAUUAUAGAAAUUUUACAUUACAAUUCUAUUA